AUGGCAGCAGCACUCGCAUCCGCAUACCCAAAAGUCCGCUCCUGGAUCUCAACAGCAACCUCGCCUUCAACAACCCACGCCUCAGGAAUGCUCAUCAUCCUCGGCAUCCUCGCUGCCGUCACUGACGCCCACCCCGACCACUCAUCCUCUGCUGAAAACACCUACACCCACGACGACCAGGACCUUCCUCCUCACCUCCGGCAGCAAGCCGCAAAACCUGUGGACGAAGCCAAAUCCCAACAAGACAUGAUCUACUACAUCGCCCUCGGUAUGCUCGUCUCCCAGGGCCUCAUCCGCCUCUUCACCUACAUCUCUAACCGCCGCGAGGCUGCGGCUUUGGCCGCCCGCAAGAAGGAUGAUGAUUUGGCAAGGGAGAAGCGAAAGGCUGACCUCAAGACCCUGGCCGAUGCGUCGUCGCCUCUGUUGGGUUCUGAUACUGAAGAUGAUGAUUAUGAGGAGGGGAGUGAGUCCGAGUCUGAGUCCGAGUCUGAGGAGGAAGUUGAGGAGCUCGAGGAGGAGAGUGAGGUUGAUUCCGAGAGCGAGACUGAGAUUCAGCGCCGUCGACGUGUCCUUGCCGCUGGUGAUGCUGAAGUCGAGGAGUAA